UAAGAACUAAAAAAAUUAGUUAACUCCCACUUCUUUUAAUAAUAGAGCAUGCCCUUAAUAGUGCAGCAAAACCUAUUUGUUCUGAUUUUGUGUUUGAUUGUAUUAUUGGACCGUUUAACUCAAUCACAUGGGUCGAUACAGUCAAUAACUGAUGACAAGAGCACUUUGAAGUGUGCUCUUUGCAAUGAAAUUGUUGAUGAAAUUUUCAAAGGCUUUAACAAUGGGAUGACUGACAGAGAAAUUUCCUUUCUGAUUGGCCAAAGAUGUGAAACCCUGAACAUCUUCAAUUUUAAACUCUGCAAUGGCACAGCCUCAAUUAUCAUGCCAACUAUUAGGUAUAUGCAUACCAAUCAAUUGCUCAUCCAGGGCAACCUUUGUGGUAUUUAUCUGCAAGCUGACAAUUGCUCCUUGUCAGAUCCAGACAAUUUAGAGUGGAACAUCACCUCUAGUUCUGUCUCCAAGCCACCAAUCGCGCCAUUUGUUCUACCAUCUGUAGAAUCUCCUACGAUCAAAGUGCUACAUUUAGCGGAUCUUCAUUGGGAUCCGGAUUAUGUUGUAGGAUCGAAUGCGGUAUGCAAAGAACUUGUCUGUUGUCGCGCUGAUUCGGAAGACCUUUUGAACCAGACAGACGCUGCCGGAUACUGGGGAGAUUAUCGAAGCUGCGAUUUGCCAUGGUACACCAUAGAGAAAGCAGUGGCCCACAUGGCUGAGAAGCACUCGGACGCUGCUUACAUCAUAUGGACAGGUGACUUGGCUCCGCACAAUGUCUGGUCGACAAACAAAGAAGAAAACAUUUACGUGAUCGAGCGCUUAAUGAAUUUGAUUCAGCAAUACUUUCCGAAAACGCCAGUGUAUGCGACUCUGGGAAAUCAUGAAGCCCAUCCAUCUGACACUUUUGCGCCGCCGGAGAUAACAGACGAGGAAUUUAACACUGCCUGGUUGUAUGACGUUGCUGCUCGACAGUGGGCCCGAUGGCUUCCGGCGGAAGUCGCUUCCACCAUCCGUUACGGAGGUUAUUACACAGCCGUGAUCCUGCCGGGGCUUCGCGUGAUCUCACUAAACACAAACUACUGUUACACGGGCAACUGGUGGACAUUGUCCAAGUCGCAAGAUCCUGCUUCCAGCCUCCUUUGGCUGAAUAAGGUCCUAGAAGAUGCCGAACGAGCCGGUGAAAAAGUUCACAUUUUGAGUCAUAUCCCGCCUGGUAACGGUGAUUGCUGGACGAUUUUCAGCCGAGAAUUUUCAAAAAUCAUCAACCGCUUUGAAUCGACAGUGGCCGCUCAAUUUUACGGACACACCCACAAAGACGAAUUCAAAAUCUUUUACGAUCUCGUUGAUAGAAAUCGGCCUACAAAUGUCGCCUUCAUUGGGCCCAGUCUCACGCCAUUUACUGAACUCAAUCCUGGAUAUCGAGUUUACACGAUUGACGGUAGUCGUCCUGGUUCCACUUGGGCUGUGCUGGACUUUGCCACUUGGGCUAUGAACUUGACUGCUGCCAAUCUUCUCGGUCCAAGUGUUGAUCCUGUCUGGUUCGAACUCUACCAAAUGAAACAAGAAUACCAGCUCGAUGACUUGAGUCCAAAUGGAAUGAGUGUUUUCUUCCGGCGGAUGUUGGUCGACGAUGCCCUCUUUCAGCGAUAUUUCCAGAACUAUUAUAGGAAUUCGGACAGGAGAGUGCCGCAAGGUUGCGAUGAUGAUUGCCGGUUGAGGCUGCUUUGCUUCACCGUCACAACGGAUAUCGCCGACCAAAGUCGCUGUGCGCAAAUUGCGAAGCAAAUACUAAAGCAUGACGAAUUUUAACAAAAUAAGACAUUGUGCAAUUGAGAGAUUUCUGAAAAACUUGCCAUGUUUGGAUUGCCCGUUUGAAUUGGACCACUCUAAAGAUUACGCAGCAGGUUCAUUCUGGCUGUCGGCUAUACUGCCUUGAAGAAAAAACAUUUUCUGCAUUUUCUUAAGAAAAUAGAUUUUUUUUUUUUGUGUGUGUGUGUGUUUUU